UUUGUUUUGGCGAACAUUUCGCAUGCUUUCUCUCUCUGCCACCACUUCUUAAAAUCUUUCUUCAAAUUCUGUGGUGCUUUCCAUUUUGGUUUCUACGUCUUUCUCGAGCGUCCAAAAAGAAAACCUGUUCCUCAAUAAGCAAUAAGGGCGUGGAUCAAGUGUGAGGAGGAAUGAAGUUUUUGGUUGGUUGAGGAAAGUGGGAAUUUGGACUUAUUAAUUUAGUUGCUACUUUUUGUUCUUGCUAAAUUUGUGGUUUAGUCUGAUUUUGAGUCAGUUGAAAUGAGUGUGGUGGGCUUUGACAUCGGAAAUGAGAACUGUGUAAUAGCUGUGGUGAAGCAGCGUGGUAUUGAUGUUUUAUUGAAUGAUGAAUCGAAUCGCGAAACCCCGGCAGUGGUAUCUUUUGGGGAGAAGCAAAGGUUUCUGGGGUCUGCUGGUGCUGCUUCUGCUAUGAUGAACCUGAAGUCCACAGUAUCUCAGGUGAAGAGAUUGAUUGGUAGAAAAUUUAAGGAGCCAGAUGUUCAAAAUGAGCUAAAAAUGUUCCCAGUUGAAACUUCAGAAGGCCCAGAUGGUGAGAUUUUGGUUCAUAUGAAGUACUUGGGUGCAACCCAUACAUUUAACCCAGUUCAGAUUAUGGCAAUGCUCUUUUCUCAUUUGAAAGAGAUAACAGAGAAAAGUUUGGAAAUUCCCAUUUCAGAUUGUGUAAUUGGGGUCCCAUCAUACUUCACAGAUUUGCAGAGACAUGCAUAUUUGAAUGCUGCAACAAUUGCUGGGUUGAAGCCUUUGAGAUUGAUGCAUGACUGCACUGCAACUGCUCUUAAUUAUGGGAUUUACAAAACGGAUUUUCCUACUUCGGGCCCAAACUGUGUUGUGUUUAUUGACAUUGGUCAUUGUGAUACCCAGGUCUCUAUUGCAUCAUUUGAGGCUGGGCAUAUGAGGAUUUUAUCACAUACUUUUGACGGAAGCUUGGGAGGGAGAGAUUUUGAUGAGGUUUUGUUUAGUCAUUUUGCUGCACAAUUCAAGGAGCAGUACCAUAUUGAUGUGUACUCUAAUGUCAAAGCAUGCAUCAGGCUGCGAGCAGCAUGCGAGAAGCUGAAGAAAGUUUUGAGUGCAAAUCCAGAGGCACCUCUGACCAUUGAGUGUUUGAUGGAGGAGAAAGAUGUUAAGGGCUUUAUCAAGAGAGAAGAAUUUGAGAAGCUAGCUUCAGGAUUGUUGGAGAGGCUUAGCAUUCCUUGUAAAAAAGCCUUUGCUGAUGUAGGGUUGCCUGAAAAGAUCCAUUCUGUUGAGCUUGUUGGCUCAGGAUCUAGGAUUCCAGCAAUUACUAGACUGAUAGCUUCUCUAUUCAGGAGAGAACCCAGACGGACACUGAAUACAAGUGAAUGUGUGGCACGUGGAUGUGCUCUUCAGUGUGCAAUGCUUAGUCCAGUUUUUCGGGUCAGAGAAUAUGAGGUUCAAGAUAUAAUUCCUUUCUCCAUAGGAUUCUCAUCAGAAGAAGGCCCAGUUGGCACAGGAUCAAAUGGCAUACUUUUCCGGAGAGGCCAGCCCAUUCCAAGUAUUAAACUUCUGACAUUUCAACGAAGUAGUACAUUCCAUUUGGAAGCAUUCUAUGCGAAUCAACAAGAAUUGCCUCCUGGUGUGUCAUCAAAAAUCAGUUGUUUCACGAUUGGCCCUUUCAGCAUCUCCCAUGGUGAAAAGGCAAGGGUUAAAGUUAAAGUUAUAUUAAACCUGCAUGGAAUUGUCAGUGUUGAGUCAGCUACGUUGAUAGAAGAUCAUGUAGAUGAUUCAGUCACAAGGGGCAAUACUCAUUCAAAUAUUUCUGGUUCUUCUGAUAUGGUUGCAAAUGGUGUUGAAGAUAGUAGCAUUACACAGCCAAAAUCUUCACAUGCUUCUGCUGAUGGAUUGAGAGAAGAUAAAGCGACCAGGAGGCUUGAGAUACCAGUUAGCGUAAAUACAUAUGGUGGAAUGACUGAGGCUGAGCUCUAUGAAGCCCAACAAAAAGAAAUUCAGCUGGCCCAACAGGACAGAGCUGUAGAACUAACAAAAGAAAGGAAGAAUGCCUUAGAAUCUUAUGUGUAUGAGAUGCGGAAUAAGCUGUUCAACACAUAUCGGAGCUUUGCAAGUGAUCAGGAGAGAGAGGGCAUAUCUAGAAGCCUACAACAGACGGAGGAGUGGCUUUAUGAUGAUGGGGAUGACGAAACUGAAAAUGCUUAUACUUCAAAAUUAGAGGGUCUAAAGAAGUUGGUGGAUCCAAUUGAUAAUCGUUAUAAAGAUGAAGAAGCAAGAGCACAAGCUACAAGAGAUCUGCUGAAGUCCGUUGUGGAUUAUAGGAUGUCUGUAGAUUCGAUCCCACCUGAAGAUCGAGAAAUGAUCGUUAAUGAGUGCAAUAAAGCAGAGCAGUGGCUAAGAGAGAAAUCCCAACUACAAGAUUCCAUGCCCAAGAACACCGACCCAGUAUUAUGGUCAGCCGAUAUCAAGAGAAGGAAAGAGGAUUUGGACAUGACAUGUAAGCAUAUACUGAGAUCAAAGGCUUCUCCUCCAAAUCCAGAGGACCAGGGGUCAGACUAGCACAAUAUUUACAAUCAACACAUGAAUACUAUGCUGUGGUGAUGCCUCCAUACUCCAUAGGUUUGAGAUUUGAAUCUCGUCUACUUUCUGGUAGAUUAUCCUUUUAUUUUUUUUUCUUUCUUUUUCAACUUCUUUUCUCUUUUGUGAAUUGUGAUAUGAGGGAGUAAUCCAAGAGAAUUGUAGUUAACAUCGGCCCCAGUUUUUGCUUGGUUGCCUCGGCCCUAGGCCUUGAACAACAAUAAUGAAAAUAGUUUUCAAUUUUUUGCAAUUCCGGUUAAAUUGGACCUGUCAUUGUGGAUAAUAAUUCUUA